AUGGCCAGUUGUGCGUCGCCUAGAGCGGAUCUGCAGCAGUUGUGUCUCGCCGACGAAGCUGCGAUGACUUUCUCGGUUUCUCAAGAACCCUUAUUACCAAGAGCUGCUAUUAUUCCAGUGUCAAAAGAUCCUUUAACUCUUCAGUACGUGACUCACGUUUUCCUGGGUGAAAGAUUUGCCCCAGUUAAGCUUGUUGUUGAUGUUAAUGGUCCAUUUCUGUGGGUUGAUUGUGCUUCUAUCCCUCUGUCUAAAUCUCAAAAUCCCAUAAAAAGUUGCUCACUUGAGUGUUCAAUGGCAAAAUCCAGUGCUUGUACCAUGUCUUUUGGCACCAAGAGCUGUACUCUUCAAUCUGAAAAUCCCAUUACAAGAAUGAUUACAUCAGGAAAUUUGGCUGAAGAUAGAAUUUCUAUGGAGUUUGAAGAUGGGGUGAAUUCAGGCGGCAUUGGUGGUUGUGCUACUGUUGGUGGUGCGGUGGUUGUGGGUGGAUAG